GAUUUGGCACUGGCCAUAUGGCCCUGUUGUUUUGUUCCUAGUGCAAUGCCUGUUUCCCCGAGGUGACUAGCGAUGCAUCCUUUUACUCGUUUCACAGACUGAAAUCACGGCCCACAACUUUCAAGCAUUUCCUGACUGUAAGCGGUAGUAGCACUGACUUCAUUGUCUUAGUGUUACAGUAAUAUUACAAACAGGAGUCCAACUUGCUGGCUAGAAAGUUUAUUUAACUGGAAACUGUAUUUGGAAAUAAAGCUUUGAAUGAGACAAAUUUUAAGAGGAAGCUAUGAUAAGCAGAACCAAUUUGAAGAUUUGUGUUCAAUACACCACGAUAUUUUAACAAGAACUAUGGUACUAACUCACCUACAGCUAUUAGGAUUUUGUAAAAUUUUUACCCCUUUCCAGAUGGAAGUAAAAUGAUCAGAGAGAAACUGAAAUAGAAAUUACAAUCUUGUUACAUCACAUUUAUGUGUGUGUACAUUGCUUGAGAAUUCUUUCCCUGGGAAGAGGGAAACAAAUAACUACUUACAGGGCAUGAACAAUAAAUCAAAGCAAGAAUCCUAACGUCCAGCUUGGAGUGCCUGUAGGUUUAUUCGGCUUGCUUACAGAGCCUAGGUGAGCAGUUGCUUACAGGAGUGUGGGAGACCCCCCAAACAUCUGCACCACCAGGAAGUUUCAUUGCAGCAUGGAUGAUGACAUGACUUCUCCAUGGCUGCAUAGACAGAGUGCCCUUUUCAGUUAACCUUCCACACUCUGUAUACUCCUGCACCUUCUGAGACCUGAGGCUGCCUGCAUCUGGGACAGUAUUACAUACAAAUUGCCAAAGGUACAGGAGGGAGUAACAUUUUCACUUCGGAGAGCUCAUACUAAGCAAGUGGAAAGCCCUGGGAUCAAGGACAAACUUGGCUUCCCUAAUCAUUAUAGACAAAGUAGACUUCUAAACAAAGCAUAACCAGGACUAACAAGGAAAAAGAUAAGCUUGACACAAAAUCUUUUCUGCAGUUGAAAAAGAAGAAAUAGUAUACUUGGCAACAAUGGCCACAAGAGGUUAUCAUAAGGAAACAUAAGCAUGAUUAAAAGAUUCAUGUGCAGAUGGUAUAAUCCAUCCUUUAUCUGAAGAAGGAAAAACAAAGCUCACAGCUGGGACAGAUUUGAACAAAUGGUUUAUAAACACCACCUUGCUGUGUUUCAUACUUUCCUACUACAGAUUCACAAUCAGCUCUGAACAAGUAAGUUAAACUUUUCAUAAGCUCAGAAAUAAACAUGUUUUUUAUUCUUGCUUCUGCUUAGAUCCUGGGCAUAUUCCAUUCACUUCCUGCCAUAAGUCAGCAAUCAAAAGUUUAAUUUUAAAGAAGCAUCAUUUAUUUACAUUAUUUGUUUACUAUGGUAAAUAAGGGUAAGGAAAAAAAUGGAGAGGAGAUACCACAAACACUGCACUAGAGACUUCAGGUUUUGCUUUUUAAAGGCAGGGUCUUCAGGUAAGUAGCCCAGGCUGGCUUUGAAUUUGGUACACUGCUGAGGAUUGAGUUCCUGAUCCUCUCUCUACCUCCCCAGUGCUGAAAUUGCAGGCGUGUACUGUGCCUGAUUUCUUUGCAGACCUUUAAAUUUGAAAGCGCUAUAUUCUGUUCUGCAACUAACAACUCCUAACAAAUACUCUCAACGUCUUUACACAUUACGAAAUAUUCACCAGUAUUCACAUUGUUUUCAGUGGCUGCGUGGCAUUUGGAUGGCCUCCAAAGGACUUCGGUUUCAUGGCGUGUGGUAUUAUCAAUACCUUCCCCACAGAUACCAUGGAGGCCUGACUGAGGCUACAGCUUUUUGUCCUCCCCGGAAUUUCCUGAGGAAAUGAUUGCAUCCUUUCUCUGGCAACACCGAAAUAUCUGUGCAUUAUCGCUGUGUCCCAAGGAAUGUGUUUUUGAUCUUCUGAAUUCCAACCAUGUUGUCAAACUGCUUACUAAAAUUUCUAAAAGCCACAAGCUCUCAUCCAUAUCCAGCAUCAUGCUGUUGGUUAAUAAGCAAACGCAAGUUUUCUGGAACUAUGCCAGCAGCCGUGUCUCUCAGGCGAGUUGUCAUCACAGGCAUCGGACUAGUGACACCACUUGGUGUUGGGACUCAACUAGUUUGGGGUCGGCUUCUCCGAGGAGAAAGUGGAAUUGUUUCUGUAGUUGGUGAUGAGUACAAGAGUAUUCCUUGCAGUGUAGCUGCUUAUGUGCCAAGAGGUGCUGAUGAAGGUCAGUUCAAUGAACAAAACUUUGUGUCCAAAUCAGACACCAAGUCCAUGUCAUCUCCCACCAUCAUGGCCAUCGGGGCAGCAGAGUUGGCCCUGAAAGACUCCGGCUGGCAUCCGAAGUUAGAAGCAGAUCGGGUUGCUACUGGCGUUGCCAUUGGCAUGGGCAUGGUUCCUCUUGAAGUUGUUUCUGAAACUGCUUUGAUGUUUCAGACCAAAGGUUACAAUAAAGUCAGCCCAUUCUUUGUCCCUAAGAUUCUGAUCAAUAUGGCUGCAGGCCAGGUCAGCAUUCGCUAUAAACUCAAGGGUCCCAAUCACUCAGUGUCCACAGCCUGCACAACAGGAGCACAUGCUGUGGGAGACUCCUUUAGAUUUAUAGCCCAUGGCGAUGCAGAUGUGAUGGUGGCUGGGGGCACAGAUUCUUGCAUUAGUCCAUUAUCUCUUGCUGGGUUUUCCAGAGCCCGGGCUCUGAGCACAAACCCAGAUCCUAAGCUGGCCUGCCGACCGUUUCAUCCAGAGAGAGAUGGUUUUGUCAUGGGCGAGGGUGCUGCUGUGCUGGUGUUAGAAGAACAUGAACAUGCUGUUCAGAGAGGAGCCCGGAUAUAUGCGGAAGUUCUGGGCUAUGGACUCUCAGGUGAUGCUGGUCACAUAACUGCCCCCGAUUCUGAAGGAGAAGGUGCCUUCAGAUGCAUGGCUGCUGCUGUGAAAAAUGCAGGUGUGUUGCCUGAACAGAUAUCCUAUGUCAAUGCACAUGCCACCUCCACACCACUGGGUGAUGCCGCUGAAAACAGGGCCAUUAAGAGGCUCUUUAGAGACCACGCUGGUGCCCUUGCCAUAUCUUCCACAAAAGCAGCCACCGGGCAUCUGUUGGGGGCUGCAGGGGCGGUUGAGGCAGCUUUUACCGCACUGGCUUGUUACCAUCAAAAACUACCACCAACUUUAAACCUGGAUUGUACAGAGCCAGAAUUUGAUCUCAAUUAUGUUCCACUGGAGGCACAGGAAUGGAAAACUGAGGGUCGACGUAUUGGACUCACCAAUUCCUUUGGGUUUGGUGGUACUAAUGCAACACUUUGUCUUGCUGGCAUGUGAACAUUGGCUUUUAACUCUCAUAAAUGUAUAAAUAAUAAUGUGCAUACAUAUGUUUAAUAUCAAUACCCAGAUGUCUUUAACACAACUGGUGUUUGUAGUAGAGUAGUUCUUGCUAGGGACGGGGCUGCCCAGUGCUCUAUGGGUAUUUUACAGCAACUUGGUGUCUUCUGUGAGAUUUCAGGGGCAACUAGUGACAACCAGUUUUGUCUCUAGACAUGUCGUUAUGUUUUCUGGGGCCUAAAAUAACCUGCACCCAAGAAUGAUUAAUUUGUAUUUUCCUAAUGCUCUGAAUCAAAUAUUUUUUAAUGCUAUGUUAUCUAUUCCUGUCCUUUUCAGACAUUUAUUUAGAGAGUAGCUCCUCCAAGCAAGGCUGUGCUGUUGCAUGUUGUAACUCCAGGGACACCGUUUUUGUACUGCAUGUAGGAAAAGAUGAUACAAGUGGGAGUGUGUGUCAUCAGUCAGCAUCCUUUGAGGACAGCUGUGACCAGUGAUGACCUAUUCACCUAUCUAGGUGUCGUUAAUGGAAUUUCCCCGAACUCUCAAGUGUUCACUUCUCAGAAGGUGGAAGUGAAACUGUUUGACACUUCUUAUUCUGGGUGUAUUUGUGCCGUGAAGAAUGGACAAAAAGAUCCUUUGCAAAGAGACUCUUGGUAAAUUAGGCCCCCUUGCCUCAGUCUACCUCUUUGUGCCUGUGGCAGUAUUCUAGCAGCUUCCUAUUCUAAGAACUCGUGGGCCCUCUACUUCUGCCUUGGGAAUUUCUCUAAAGCCAGAGGAGCAAGUUUCCUGGAGGUGACAAUAAGCCAGGGAAGCAUUUGCGGAUGGGGCAUUUACUUCAGAGUAAGUGCUCCAUUUCCAUGCAGACCCUCAGGUCCUCAGUGAUAGGGAGCUUCGUUCAGGCACUCACAGCCUUCCCUGCCCAGGGACACCUUUACCGGCCUCUCUGUCCUGUUCAACUUUCAUGGCUUUUAUCCCUAUCCCAUGAGCCAUCCCCAAACAAGCUGCCUUCUCCUGGACUCUACUUUCUCAGUACCUCACACAAUGAGACACUGAAAAAGAGGAAAAAUGGUUAUAUGUCUUUCUGCAGAAAUGAGUAACAUUCCCACAUUUUACUUAAAACUUUUUGUUCUUGUUUUAUUUUUUUUUGAGAUUUUUAAAUAACACAUAUGAAUGUUUUCCCUGCACAUAUAUGUAUGUACCUCAUGUGUGAGUCUGGGGCACAGAGAGGCCAGAGCAAGGCAUCAGAUAGCCUGGAACUUCAGUUAUGGAUGGUUGUGAAUCAUCAUGAGGGUGCUUAGAGCCAAACCCAGGUCCUCUAUCAGAGCAACAAGUCUCUUAAGUGCUGAGCCAUCUCUCAGCCCCUUGUCCUUGGUUCAUAAAAUCUGUAUGUGUGUUGGUUGGGGGCAUGUCUUUGGGUGCAUGUGCCAAAAUGGUGGUCCGAGGACAACUCUGUGGAGUUUGUUUUCUCCCCCCACUGUUAUAUGAGUUCCAGGGAUGGAACUCAGGUCUUCGGGCGUAUAUUGCAAGCACCUUUAUCUGCUGGGCCAGCUUACGGAGCCCAGUUUUUCAAUGAAAAAAAAAGAAAAUAGGGUCUCACUUUGUAGCACAAGCUGGCGCCAAAUUUUCUGUGUAUCUCAGGCUGCCCUCAAACUUGUCUUGAAAAACAGGCAGGCUUCAAAUUCCCUAGUGCAAGCAUUAUAAGUUUGUGGCACCACACCUGGAUUAGUUUUAGCAGGCUAGAACUACACUGACUCUAACAAUGGUUCUCAAUCCUCUAAUGCUCAAGCACUAAUCAGUAUUAAUUUCCAUUAACGUGUUUGCUCAGCUGAGAACUUAAUGGGUGCCCUGCAUUAUCACCUGUAAAAAAGUAUGCACUAGAGAAGUUCCAAAGCGGGGCUGAAUACGUAAGUCAACAAAUCUCAGGUUAAGGGGGAAGAUGAGAAAGGAAGGGUGUUCCACCCUGAGAGGAUUCAAUGUAGAAAGUUCUAGAAGUUAGAACACUUAUACUAAACAAACCCAAUAUACUCUGAGGUGGGAGGUUGGGAGAUGUCAGAAGGCCUGUUAGAUGCUGGGUCACAGAGAACUCAGCACGUUUUAAGGAAGUGAGGGUAAUAAGCCAUUUAGGUUUUGAAAUGGCAGGGUGGCUUUGUAAUGUGUCCAUUUGGCUGGGCUGAACUGUUUCCCAGCAUUCACUUUUUGCUUAGGAUUAGUUUUAAGAGAUUUUUUAUGAAUGAUAUGAAAGAUGUUAUUGAAUUUUAAUGUGAGUCAGUGGGUGAGCCUGCAACUCUUCUUCCUGUGAGUCCUGAAUCGUUCCCAACUCCUGCAAAGGUAUGCUUUUGGCUCCAUGACACUAGCUCCUGCCCACGCCAUCAAAAUAAAGAACAGGAACUUGCCAACGUUUCAGUUCCUCGUAUUUGUGGGUCAUGGUUGGCUAUUGGAACUUACAGUUGUCUUCCGUUCCCUGCACCUGCUCUGUGUUUCCAACUCCAGCACCAGAAGGUCACAGCAACAUUUCAGAAGACACUUAAGCAGUUCUUGAAGUUGUGUGACGCCUGAUCCAUAUAAGAAGUACUCGCCUCUGUGGCUUUGUUUCUCAGGCUGAACCUUGACUGAUACAAGAGGAAAGGAUGUUAUAGUAUGAGCACCGCUACCACUUUAUCUUAGAAAUCUAAGUGGCUGUUGAGAUAGGAGUUAACCCCAGGAAGCUUGAGCCCCUUAAGGGAAUAGAGCCUAAAGGGUGUUGGAAAGGUAAGCAGGAUAUGGUGACUCAUUUGUGUUCCAAAGUACAUCAACGGUGCUUUUUAAAAUGAGCUCUAAGAUAUUGCCAUACAACCUGCUUUUAGUGUAGUUACAUAAGUUUUGAUAAACAUACAUGCAUAUCUGUAAAUGCUGCUUCACUCAAAAUGAACAAUUUCAUCACAAUUAAAAUUGCUUUGUGACCUGUUACAAGAAGGGGCUCCGGGGUUCUUCUGUUAUGCCAUGCCCACUCUAUAAGACAGAAAAGCACCCUGUCUUUGUUCAAACUGACCAAUACUGAAUUAGAGGAGGAAGACCCCUGAAGUCCCAUAAAGCCUCUAGCCCUUGAGGAAAGACUGGAUUUUCAGAUUCCCAAAUCCAACCCUUGCUUUGCAAAGGGUUCUUUCUCUCUCUGCUUGCUGUGUGUGCAAGCAUUUCCUCACCCCUCAUGAAAGCCUUUUUUCAUCAGCUGAUUUUGUCUGUUGUGUUUGAGAUCUCUCCCUUCUGCAUGUGUCAUGCUCAAAAAUUUCCCCUUUAAUUCUUUUUUUUUUUUUUUUUUUGGCUUUUCGAGACAGGGUUUCUCUGUGUAGCUUUGCGCCUUUCCUGGAACUCACUUGGUAGCCUAGGCUGGCCUCGAACUCACAGAGAUCCACCUGGCUCUGCCUCCCAAGUGCUGGGAUUAAAGGCGUGCACCACCACCGCCCGGCUCCCCUUUAAUUCUUUAACUGGUGACGAAAACUCAACCCAAACCCUUAGAUGGUAACAUCAGUCACCUCAGCCAUCAUCCUGGCAGGCCUUGGUGGCCCCCCUGGUGCUGUAACCCAAGUUUUCACUCCUAAGUAAUGUGAGUCAUUGGUGAUUGUCCUCUAUAUUUUUCAUGCACAUGAGGGCCAGAGUUUAGAUUCCCAGCAUCCAUGCAGAUGUCAGGCAACCGUAGCCUGCCUGUAAUUCUAACCUGGUCACAAGCACUUCAAUCUGAGACCCUGCCUACUCAGUUCUUUCUAAAUGUUUAUUGGUCACAGGUACUGGACCUUUUUGAGAGUUCUGAAGUUCUCUGCCUUGUGUAUGUGUCACAAGACACUGGAAUUCACACAUGAGGCCAUAUCACAAGCUAUGCAAGUGAGCCACUUGGAUAUUGUUGGGUCCAUUUCCACCACUUUUGCUAGCCAGAUGUAUUUUGUGUGAGCUUCGAAACAGCUAGUAAGGCUGGUUAGUGUGAAUUGGCAGUCAUUUACCUCUGUUGUGCAGGUGCUUUUGGUGAAUAUGAAUGUGACUCAGAUGGCUUCACUCUUAAUAUGGUGUCUACGUGUCCACUCAGGAACCUCUAAUCAAAAUACUCCUCUCCUGUUCCAGUCCAUGCUUUCUAGAUCCUUAACCCAAAGCCAGGACUUCUUUAUACAUUUUCAGUUUGGAGGCUCCUUCUGCUAACAAAGUGUAGUGGUUUAGAUGAGAAAUGUGCUUCUGCUUCGUGGGUCCAUGCGUUUGAACACCUGAUCUCCAGUAGGUGAUGCUGUUGGGGUUGUGAAACCUUUAGGAGGGAUAGCCUUGCUGGAGGAAGCAUGCCACUGGGAGUGGGCUUUGAAAAUUUGUAGCCUUGCCCCACUUCCGCUUCACUUCCUCUUCUCCGUGAAUGGUUGAAGGUGUGAUCGCUCAGCUUUCUGCACCAGCUGUUUUGGGGAAAGGGGAAGGAAAGGAUUAGGGUUAUAGGUUAGCUUCUCAGAGUCCAACAAAGAAUUGAAUGCCCAGGAAUGAAAUAAGUGAAGGUUCAGAAAGGAUGAAAACGUGUGUUUAUUGAAGCAGAAAGUACCAGGCUGGGAAAGGUCGUAUCUCAGAGCUGUAGACCAUCAAGUGGACUCUGGGCUCAUCUUCUAUAGUACCCCUGGCUCUCCCCCUUUUUGAUCCCCACUUUUUCUUAACCUCUUCUUCCCCUCUCAUUACUUUAUCUCCUCAACCUAGAUGGCCUUUGGUCCAGUCCGGUGACAUAGGAAGCAUUCUGGCUGCAGUAUCAGGAUAUUAUCUCGCUGGUUGAGCUGCUGAUGUGGGAAUUUUAUCUCUUGCCUUCUGACCUCUGCCCCAGUUGCCUAUUCCCAGUUAAAUCCUCACACAUCCACCUGGUGUCAUGCCUCCCCUGUCACUAUGGAACCCCCCUUUGGGACAAUAAACUAAACUCUUCUUAA